AUGUCUGACAACUACACCCGAGAGAGCUACAUCUUCAAUGCAGGGCCAUUGGGACAUAUCGAGGGGUUAACCAUCACCUCCCAUGGCGCUCCAGCCGUGCACUACUUUGGCGGUCUCCCAUACGCUCUGCCCCCGGCUGGACAGUGGCGCUUCCGAGUCCCCCGGCGGCUCCCCAAGCAUUAUCGAUACGGCACAGCAACCGAGCCAGGGAAGUUCACAGGUGGCACGAGGGUUUGCCCCCAGCCUCCCAGCAGCAACACGCCAGACCCUUCUGUCAUCAGCGAAGAUUGCCUCCAACUAAACAUCUGGGUCCCUGCUGGUCCACCUCCCAAGAAUGGAUGGCCCGUAUGUUUCUACAUCCAUGGGGGUUUCCUCCAAGUCGGUACGAGCAACACAGAGCCAGAAGACCUGGUGUCGCUUCUAAGCGAAUCUGCAUUCCGCGCAAUAAUGGUCAUGCCAUCCUAUAGGCUCAAUGUGUUUGGGUUCCUCGCGAGCAGGGAAUUAGCUGCCGAAGCGAGCUCUAAUGGAGAGGCUACCGGAAACUAUGGUCUAUGGGAUCAAAGAUUGGCCUUGGAAUGGACGCAUGAGAACAUAUCAUUCUUUGGCGGUGAUACCGCAAAUAUCACAGUAGCAGGUUACUCCGCUGGCGCUUACUCAACCUUUCAACAACUGGCUCAUGAGCUCUUCCGCGUUCCUGAGGAAAAGGGAAUCAUAAGGCGAGUGGCAAUGUUCUCCAACAGCACAGGUGUCAGGCCCAAAAGUUUGCAGGAUCAACAGCUACAAUGUGACGAGCUACUCGCGAGACUCGACAUCAAUCUGGAGCUUUCAGAUGAGGAGAAACUGGCCAGUUUACGAGCCGUUCCUUGUCAGAGACUCGUCGAAGCCCAAACAGGAAUGAGAAUAUCAGAAUUCCGCGUCUUGGCAGAUGACACUUUCUAUCCCAUUGACCUGAUGGAUAAGAUCAACGAUGGGGACUUCGCCAAAAAAAUGAAGAAUCGCGGGAUAAGGCUGAUAAACGGUGAGUGCGAGAGUGAGCACAUCAUGUAUCGUCGCUGGCGCACUCCUCAAGAGUCUUAUUCCGCCGUGUACCAAAGACUUCUAGCAGAUUUCUCCCCUGAAGUUACCGAAAAGAUCAUGAACCACUAUUGCGGAUCCUCGAAGAACUUACCAGCGGGGUACGAUAACUGGGAAGACUUCUUCGGGCGCAUCUACGCCAAUGUCCAAGUCCAUUAUCUUCAGCGCGGCUUUCACAAUGCCUUGUUCGCAGGCGGUCUUGAAGCCGGUAAAGACAUUUUUCGAUAUCGAUUGGAGAAGAGACUUGACUGUGUAGCAGAAAAGAUUCCACUUGAGUGGGGAGUUACGCAUCUCACUGAUAUACCCAUUUGGUUAUGGGGGUGCGGGUAUGAGGGAGGUCUAAGUGAUCUAGAGAAGACGUGGUUGAAGGGUUGGAAUGAGAGUUUUGCGGCAUUUGUUAGGGGCGAUGAAGUGAAUUGGGGGACUGCGAGUCCUAAAGAAAUGAGAAGAUGGAGAAGUGAUGGUGAGACCGAUGUUUGGAAGGACAUUUUAUGGGAACAAGGUGUUGAGUUUUGGAAGCUUGUCAAUUCGGGGUUUUAG